CUCUACACGCGUGGUGUUCUUCGUAGGUGCCCAUAGGUGCUGUCUGGUACCGGUAUGCCCGAAUAUCCAGAAUAUCAGGCCUUCGCCCAUCACUUUCGAGUAUUCAUGAGGGAGUACCAGGUCAAUCAUGGCGCGCGGCCCAAAGGAUAUGUUCAGCUGAUCCCUCGUGCAUUUGCUUUGGGAUCGGAUGAGCAUCCGUAUACUACCUGCACAGUGGAUACCUCGGCGUACAGCGGGGCGACCGACUUUCCAACCGACAUCGAAAUUCAUGAGCAUGAUGUGCGCCGCGCCGCCGGUCAGCCAUAUGCAUAUCUUCUUCGCCCACAACCGCCAGAUGAUGUUCUAGUAGCAGUGCGGGGCAAGCAGAUAGCGUUUGCACUGGGUCGGGACUGUUUUACCAUCCAUUUGGGGCUUGAAGGCCACAUUCACUCGGUCACUCUAGAAGAAUGGAAGCAAAUCUACGCUGGAGAUGUGGAGGGCACUAACGAAGAGCCUGGGCGUGCUCAAUUGAUGCGGCAGUUCCGCAUCCCACCUGAGUUCAUCAAAGCAGGGACUUCAAAGGUUACAGAUCGUAGGGUGACAGUCCAUAUGGCACUUUAUUUCGGCAACCGCGUGUGGCUCCUUAUUGACUUCUCUCGCCUGGCCCGCAUUCAUGUCACCAGUGUCGACACUCCAUGGUCGCAAACCGACAUGGUCCCGGGGGGUCCGCGUUACGAGGAGAUCUGGCAAUACUUCGGUGAUGGCCCCGAUAUCAACCUCGAGCCGGUGCGAUUCAUGGCGAAUCUAGACAAGUUUCACAACCGCAUUCUGAGCGGACUCGAAUACGAAGAUGCUAGCACACCAAUCGUGUCAUGGUUGUGCAAGCGCGGGGACAUCUGCAAUGGUAUUGGCCGGCACACGGCGAGUGAUCUUGUCCAUUUCUGGGGCCUUGCACCAAGCAUGCCCACAAGCCUUGUCUUCCGGUACCACUAUGAUGUCGUCAAAAGCCUCUUCCCUGCGUACAUGGCCUACUGGGUCUCCGACAAAUACUUGAAGGACUGUUGCGGCGCUGCGAAUUCGCUCACAGUCUUUGCUUGGAACUCAACCUCAUGCCACAAGUACCGCCAGAGAUGCCUCCUCGUCUUUCGAAAAGCAGAAACCACGGUGAACGUCAGUAUAUUCAAUCGCCAUGCUCGCAAUGGUAACCUUGACCCGGACCAUGUCCUUGGCAAACCUUACGAUGUGGAGCGCGCAAAGCAAUUCAUCUCAUCAAAUCGCGAGCGUGUAUUGAAUGUUCCAGUCCAUCACAUGCUGGACAAAGGCAAGCACAUCGAUGCAUAUACGAUUGUGGUCGCCAAGAGUCCAACAAGCUGGUUCGAUGGCACGAUGCGAAUGGCAAAGGAUGUCAUCGAGUUUGGGCGAGCCUCCAAGAUUGGCCCUUCCGAGUUCAAUGCCCUGAAUCAGAAUAUGCCUGACCUAAAGGCAGCCAUUGAACAGAGACGACGCGGUGGGCGUCCUAGAAAGGAGCGCACAGGCCAACGUGGUCGCCCAUCAGUGGCGCCCAAGAUUGCUGAACUCCGCAAAGCCCUCAAACCCAUCCCUGCUCGCAUUCUUGAGGCGCGGCAGGCACAGUCUGCUGCUGAGAAAGCUGAGAAACAAGCCAUGGAUGACGCCGCUGCAGCUCAGCCAAUCCAAGACUUCAUCACCUCUUACUACCCGAUCGCUGAGCCGGAUAGUGGCCUCGAGGUUCGCAGGUCCGACGGUGACCAUGUUGCCCAGUCACCUUCAUCUACCUCCAAGUCGGCGGAAAACGAAGAAAGCUUACCUGAAAUCAAGGCGGUCAAAGACAGCAGCAAGGCGAUCGAAGGCGGCAGCAAAUUGAAGGACAAAGUCAAGAAGAUUUCAUUGAACGAACGAUUGACAAAGCAACUGUACUCAUCGAGCGAUAACCUGAAGGAUCCCCGAAAGAGGCCAUUUGUAGAAGAGGUAUUUGGCGGGAUUUGGGGUGGAUACAGGGGUCUUGCAAAACGGGGCAGACUCAGUAUUUUGUAGUGUAGUAGCGAAAACAGGCUGUCUCUGGUACAUCGGUACUAUCUCUCGACAUGGAAGCCUGUUUCACUGGAGUACUUGCGCCAGCUCCUUCGCUGUCUUGCCAGAUGGCUCUAUCUACCCGCAGCGCACCCCUUGUCGUCGCUAGGGGACGUUUUGCCCGACGCACGUGUGUCUGCCUCCCCAAGUCCGU